UCUCCCUCCGUCCUUUCUCUCUUUUUUAUCGGUUGUUGCUUUGUCGUUCUUUGCCUGUUAUAAUUGGGGUCGUGUCCAUCGGCCUAUGGAAUCCCCCGCAGACGCCCCUGUAGCGGGCGGCUUAAGCAUCUAUAUCAGGACCGCAGCGCUAGUCGCCGCGGUUAUAAUAGUGCACCACCUGUUGAAAAGCCCCAGCAACAACAAACAUGCAGUUCUCCCGGCCUGGGUCCCCCUUGAAAUCUUCAUCGCCAGCAGCUGCAUCCAAGCCGGCGGCAUAUGGCUCCGCAUGCUCACCUCCCUCCGGCAGCACAGCGGCGCCCUCUUCGGCCUCGCCAAAUCCCACCAGCUCAUCCACAACCUCGCCGGCAUCGACCGCCUCCUCGCCAGCCCGCACCACGUGCUCAGCACCGAGCCCAUCGGCUGGAGCAUCCUGGUGCGCGUCUUCGGCGUCGCGAACUUGCCCGCCCUGCGCGCGCGCCUGAUCGCAGCGAACAAGGAGCUCUUCGCGGCCGUCGAGCGCAACUUCCUGCACGAGGGCAACGCCCUCGCCGCCAUCCACGCGGCCGCCAUCCCGUCCAAGGCCUCCGCGCUCGUGACCCUGGCCCCGAACCAGCCCUUGCAGCCCUGGGAGCACGCUGCGACAGCAGCAGCAGCAGAAGUCGACCUCUUCGCCCUCGUGCGCGACUUCGGCGCCGCCCUGACCCUCCCCCUCCUCUACGGCCAUGACUUCUCCACCCCCGCCCUGCUCGCCGACUUCUGGGCCUUCGACCACAACGCCUUCGCGCUACUCGCCGCCGGCCUGCCAUCAUGGCUGCCCCUCCCCGCCCUGCGCCGCGGCCUCGCCGCCCGCCGCCGCCUGCACGCCGCGCUGACGGACCUGUACGCCCGCCUCGAGGCCGACGCGGCCGCGCUCACAGAUGUCGGCCCGGUCGUGCGCGAGCGCUGCGCCGCGUACGCCAAGCACGACGUCCCGCUGCGCUAUCGCGGCCAGAUCGACCUCGCGCUCCUGUGGGCCGCGAACGCAAACACGCAGCCGCUGGUCGGCUGGCUCGUGGUGUACAUCUACGCGACGCCUGGCCUGCUAUCCUCUCUCCGCGCAGAAACAGCGCCGCAUGUUCAUCUCUCUGCCGACGGGAUGCAGAUCACGGCGAUUGAUCACGCGGGCCUUGCGCGCGAGUGCCCCCGCCUCAAGUCCGCGCUCUUGGAGACGAUGCGCACGGCCUCGGCGUCGUCGUCGCUGCGCUAUGUCGCAAGGCCGGUGACGGUGCCUGAUGGUCCGAGAGAGCACGUCUUACCUCCUGACACGUUCAUCUCGGUGCCGCAUGGGCUGGCGCAGAUGGAUGGCGCGCUGUUCCCGGACCCGCGGGCGUUUGUGCCGGAGAGGUUCGUUGUUGAUGCCGAGCCCGAGCGGAGCGAGGACAAGGGGCGCAGCGAGGGCAGCGAGGGCAGCGGGGGCAACCCCCGCAAAACAACAACCCGCUACGGGUCCCUCCGCCCCUGGGGCGGCGGCGCAGGCAUGUGCAAGGGCCGCGUGUUCGCUGAAAAGGAGAUCCUUGCCGUCGUGGCUGCCGUCAUCAAUCUUUGGGAGUUUACGCCUGUGGGGGCGGAAUGGCAUGUCCCGACCAUGCUGCCCGGUACGGGGGUGAUGCGGCCGAGGGGGGACGUUAGGGUCGUGGUGACGCGAAGGGGAGAGGGUGUGGGGGCGUAGGUAGUGCGUUGUGGGUGCUGCUGUGUAAUAAAUGUAAUAGAUAUAUAGAUAUAUAUAGUCUGUAAACGUAGUGUACGGGGUCAGCUGUUGCGUGUGAACUCUACACAUACACACACAAACAUGUAUAUCUAUAUACUGGAAC